CCGCCAGCCUUUCAAAAAUGCGCUUCUCCUCGUACCUCCCGCUGAUCUCCAUCGCAGCACUCUCCACCAUGUCCGCUGCUCAAUCUAACCCGACUUUUCUCUUCACGCCAGGAGCAUGGCAUUUGCCCGGCGUGUUCGACUCGGUCCGCGCGGAUCUCUCGCGCCGCGGCUACGAUUCCGCUGCCGUCAAGCUAGUGUCAGUUGAUCCGACAGACCCCAAGACGCAGGGCGUCGCCGCGGACGCUGCCGCUGUGCGGGGGGAGCUCGAAAAGCUCGUAGAUCAAGGGAAGGAAGUCGUCAUGGUGUGCCAUUCUUAUGGAGGUGUUCCAACGGCAUCAGCGGUUGAGGGGAUGAACCUUGCUGAUCGCACCGCGAGAGGAGAGAAAGGAGGUGUGGCGAUGAUGGUGUAUCUUACUUCCUUUGCGAUUCCUGCUAGAACUGGGCUUUCGGAUGGACUUGGAGGAGUGACGCCGGACUGGUGGAACAUCACUGGCGACAUUGUAACCCCAAAAGACCCAAUCCGCAUCUUCUACGCCGACGUGCCCCCUUCCAUCGCCGCCACAGCAGUCUCCAACAUAAAGCCAAUGAGUCUGCGCUCCACCUCCGAUAAAUCCACAUUCGCGCCGUGGACUCAAGGCUUCAAGAUGGGCUACAUCUUCGCGGAAGAUGAUCAAGCUAUUGCGCUCCCCGUCCAGCAGGGCAUGGCAUCACAGUUCCCUGAGGGCUCGUUCACCGCUAGCUUGAAGAGUAGCCAUUCGCCGUUUUUGAGUAUGCCGGAUCAGCUUGCGGAGGUACUUGUGCAAGCUGCUACGGCUAGUUAG